CUCUGCUGUUCUGAGGUGGCAGGAAUGGUUCCAUGUGUACUUGGUCUGUUGCAGAUCAUCCCGAUGGUCACUGAACUCAUUGGGAGCAGUUACCGCUACCACCGAGCAGAGUGCCUGGAAUACUGCAUCAUGGUGAUUGGGGUUCCCAACGUGGGCAAGUCCUCCCUCAUCAACUCCCUCAGGAGACAGCACCUCAGGAAAGGAAAAGCUGCCAGGGUGGGCGGUGAGCCUGGGAUCACCAGAGCUGUGAUGUCUAGAAUUCAGGUGUGUGAGCGGCCACUGAUGUUCCUGCUGGAUACCCCUGGGGUGCUGGCUCCUCGGAUUGGAAGUGUGGAGAUGGGCCUGAAGCUGGCCCUGUGUGGAACCGUGUUGGACCACCUGGUGGGCGAGGAGACCAUGGCUGACUACCUCCUCUACACCCUCAACAAACAGCAGCUCUUUGGGUGAGUGGCAGCGUGUGGGGUGGAUGGGGCUCCU